AAUUCAAUAGAAUUCAACAAAGAAUUAAAAGAUAAAACAGAAAUAGAAAGAUUAAGAGAUUUUUGGUUUUCUGAAAUUACCAAGUCUAAAUUAGAAAAUGAUGAUAAACAAAAACUUAAUGAACUCAGAGAAGAAUGUAUAAGAGAAUUAGAACAAACACAACCUGGCACAAAUGAUUUUAAUUAUAUAAGAGAUGGAAUACAACAAAAAGUUGCUUUAAAUAUACAACGUAAUAAGAAAUUAAAAGCAUUAUCAAAUGAAAAGUAUGAUAAAAUCAAUAAAGAAAUUCCUAAAAUUGAAACUGCUAACCUAUAUAAUACUUUAUUGUAUGAUGUUAUUGAAAAUGAAAUGAAAGAAGAUAAUAAUAAACAAUCAUUUGAAGAUGGUGAAAAAUAUGAUCUAUUGAUCCAAACUUUAGAAGAACCUUUUCUGGAUUCACUACAUACUGUAAAUCAAUUACAAGAAUUAAGAAAGCAAUUAUUUUCUGAAUGA